AUGCAGCAAGCGUGCAGUUGCGUCCUGCUAGUGUUGCUGUGGCAGAGGGUAGCAGCAGUGCUGGAACCACUGCGCCAUAACGACUGCCACUCCCGGGCUGUGUCGAUGGAAACACGAAUCCUUGACAACUAUCUCACGGACCAGCACACCGUCACCGUGAUAGAAUCGUGCACGGAAAUUCCAAUCAUGUCGCCAUACUGUCUGCACAAUCCGGUCCCGCUGAAUGCCUUCACCCUUCAUCGUUUUCAGGCGUUCGUACACCAAUCGUUAGAGCACACCACCCAGGAGCUGGAGUAUCGCACGAGCGAAUGCUUCGUCGGCUCGGGCCACAAGGGCGACCUGCUGACGGAGCUGCUGCCCUACCUUUCCGAGUACAACCCGCUUGCCAAGGUGAUGCUCAUUACGCAGGAAAUGGCCGACCAGGAGCUGGCCGAGCUGUUCCAUGCCGCCUGGUACCGGUACCGGCUGCUGCAGCUGAUUGUGCUGAACCACCGCGCGAACGAUACGAUCGAGAGCUGCCUGUUUAACCCAUUCCGCAAGGCACUCUCGCCGGAACUGCGCUACCUUCCGACGGGGAAGUCGGAUUUGCACUGUCGACUGCUGACGGACGGUCAGCAGCUGGAUGCAUACAACCGCGAGCUGAACCUUUUCAUCGACGAUCGCGUUUACAACCUGAACGGCUAUCCGCUCAACAUUGCGAUGCACGUCAGCAACGGUUCGACGUCGGCGUACGACUGCAUCCUCGGCACGGUAAGCUUCACCGACAUUGACCAGGAGAUCCUGUCCAUCAUGCAGAAGCAGAUGAACUUCAGUCUGAUUUUGCACAAAAACGAGCUCGAGCUGUCCAUCGGGUACAUCCACCAGAACGGGACGCCGAUCGGGACGCUCGGGCUGAUCGAGCAGAAUGCGAUCGAUCUGGCGGCCAACUCGCGCAUCAUACACAACUACGACACGCGGAACCUGCUCUACCUGCACUACAUCUCCACCGAGAAGCUUGUCUUCAUAACGCCGCGCAACUACUUCCGCAAUCGCGACAAAACGCAGGUCUUCAUCAACCCGUUCAGCGUGGCGUACAUGCUGACGAACGUGCUGCUUUCGUUCGGCGUACCGAUGAUUAUCUUCCUGCUCGAGUAUGCCGCCUGCCGGCUCGAUGUGCCGCGCGAACCGAGCAGCCACUCGUUCGGCACCAAGGUGCUCAACCUGGUCGGGAUCAUCUACAACGUGUCGGUGAAGCUGCCCCGGGCCGACCGCAAACGGUGGAUCAUUGUGGGGCUGCUCGUGUACAACAUUGUGUCGUACCCGAUCUGGCAGGGCGUCACGAUCCGGUAUCUGCACCCGAGCAAUCAGCAGGUCAACAACAUCAACAGCCUCGAGGAGCUGAUCGAGACGGAGCUGGAGCUGAAGGUAUCGCACUACCACGAGCACAUCGUGCGCCACGAGGGGCCACACUUUCAGAGCCCAGUGUACAGCGCGCUGUCGGGCCGACUGUCCACCAGGAACACUUCCUCGCUGCGUGACUCGAUCGAGCAGAUCAUAAUGCACGGCAACUCGGCGCUGCUGAUCGCGGAGGAGUAUGUGCCGCUCGUGCUGGCCGGCAACUACCGGUGGAUCCCGGGCAAGCCGGAUGGCAUCUGGCCGAUACAGAAGCCGAUCUACGAGUUUUACAAAUCGAUGGCCGUCCCGAAGACGUCACCGUUCGCCGGGACGUUCAACGCGAUCGUGCUGCACUGCGUCGAGGCCGGCAUGAACGAUCGCUUCAAGCACCAGCUUGAGACGGUGGUACAGUUGAUGCAGAUCCGGCGCAUCCGGGAGCAUCCAUCGGUGCCGGAUUACAUCGUGUUCAAUAUGGAGCAUCUGUUGCCGCUGUUCAUCUUCUACUUUGCCAUGCUGCUGCUGUCCGGGGGCAUCUUUCUGAUUGAGCUUGCGGUGCAUGCGUUCCAGGCUUCGCGGGCGCGUUCGCAGCAGAGAGCACCACUUAGCGUACCAGUUGAGGAGUACGUGCCGUUUGAAUUUGUUCACUGAUGUUGGAGGCGUCGCGGUCGGUCUAGAGCGAGCUCGGAGCGUUCAAACCAUUUUUUCUAAUUUUGUCAACUUCAUUUUCUGAUCGGACGUUAAAAUGUGAAAAUGCAUAAUUGAUUGCAAAUUCCUAUCUGUAGCUAUUAAACAACCAUUUCCAUUCA